AUGGAGGCCAGAGGGGAGAGCUUUCUUAGACAAAGGCAAGUCCUGCUUUUCUUUGUUUUUGUGUGUGGGUUUCUGGCUGGGUUCGAGUCAAGACGCUAUUCAGUGGCUGAGGAAAAAGAGAGGGGCUUUUUAAUAGCCAAUCUAGCAAAGGAUCUAGGGCUGACUGUUGAGGAACUGGUGGCAAGGGGGGCCCAAAUUGUAUCGAAAGGAAACAAACAGCAUUUUCAGCUCAGUCAUCACACCGGCGAUUUGCUUCUGAAGGAAAAAAUGGACAGGGAGGAGCUAUGCGGCCCUACAGAGUCAUGUAUACUGCAUUUUCAGGUAUUACUGCAAAACCCUUUCCAGUUAAUUACACAGGAGAUUCAGAUCAUAGAUGUAAAUGAUCAUGCUCCAGUAUUCUUUGAAAAUGAAAUGGAGCUGAAAAUCCCAGAAAACUCUCCACCAGGAACAGUGAUUCCUUUGGAAUAUGCUGAGGAUUUGGAUGUGGGAAAAAACAGUCUCCAAAACUACACAAUUGUUCCCAAUUCCCAUUUUCACGUUCUCAUGCGCAGUCGGAAGGAUGGAAGGAAGUAUCCAGAACUAGUACUGGACAGAGCGCUGGAUCGAGAGGAGCUGCCUGAGUUCAGUUUAACACUCAUAGCGCUGGAUGGCGGGUUGCCACCAAGGUCUGGGACAGCCCAGAUCCACAUUCUGGUCUUAGACAUAAAUGACAAUGCCCCAGAAUUUGCACAGUCCCUCUAUGAAGUUCAAAUUCUAGAGAACAUCCCUAUUAACUCUGUCAUUGUCACUGUUUCAGCUUCUGAUUUAGAUACAGGAAGUUUUGGGGCAAUAUCAUAUUCAUUUUUUCAUGCUUCAGAAGAAAUUCUCAAAACUUUUCAACUAAAUCCAAUUACUGGUGAUAUGCAAUUAGUUAAAUAUUUGAAUUUUGAAGCAAUAAAUAAUUAUGAAGUCGACAUAGAGGCCAAGGAUGGUGGAGGUCUUUCAGGAAAAUCUACAGUCAUAAUUCAGGUGGUUGAUGUGAAUGACAACCCACCAGAACUGACUUUGUCAUCAGUUAACAGUCCUAUCCCUGAGAAUUCGGUAGAGACUGUGGUAGCGAUUUUCAGUGUUUCUGAUCUAGACUCUGGAGACAAUGGAAGAGUGAUGUGUUCCAUCCAGAACAAUCUCCCCUUCGUCCUGAAACCAUCCUUAGAGAAUUUUUACACCCUAGUGUCUGAAGGAACGUUGGACAGAGAAAGCAGAGCCGAAUAUAACAUCACCAUCACAGUCACCGACAUGGGGACACCCAGACUGAAAACUGAGCAGAGCAUAAUAAUCCUUAUCUCUGACGUCAAUGACAACGCCCCUGCCUUCUCCCAAACGUCAUACACGCUGUUGGUGCACGAGAACAACCAGCCCGCCCUGCACAUAGGCAGUGUCAGCGCCACAGACAGAGACUCAGGCACCAACGCCCAGAUCACCUACUCAAGCUUUGCAAAAAAUACGGAGUUACCAGGAGGUUUGGACAGAGAUAUUCUAAAUCAAUUUGAGACUACAAACAACUUUGUAAGGAUUCCUGCACGCAAGAAAUUAGAACUGAAGGUCUCAAGUUUUUCUGUGAUUGGUGAAGGGAUUGGAUGUAAGCAAUCCGACUCCAACAUGGAGAAGCUGGAAAGAAUUCAACCAAACAGGCAAGUGAUGGUCUUCAUUUUUAUGGUGUUCAUGUCUCAGGGUCGCACGGAGCCUCUUCGUUAUUUUAUACAGGAGGAAACAGAGAGCCGCUCCUUUGUAGCCCAUCUGACCAAGGACCUGGGCCUGGGAACUGGGGAACUGGCUGCCCGGUCUGCUCGAGUUGUGUCUGAUGAUGACAAACAGCAUUUGCUGUUGGAUCCUCAGACUGGAGAUUUGCUUCUCAGGGAGACAUUAGACCGGGAAGAGCUGUGUGGCCCUAUUGAACAGUGUGUACUGUAUUUCCAUGUCUUGCUGGAAAUGCCAGUGCAAAUUUUUCAGGGAGAAUUAUGGAUCCAGGACAUAAAUGACCACUCUCCAGCAUUCACUGAUGGGGAAGUGCUCUUGAAAAUACCAGAAAACAGCCAGCCAGGGACUCUAUUUCCAUUGAAAGUAGCCCAGGAUUUGGAUGUGGGUAGCAAUGGGCUUCAAAAAUACACCAUCAGUCCCAAUUCUCAUUUUCAUGUCCUUACACGAAAUUACAGUGAGGGCAAGAAAUACCCAGACCUGGUACAAGACAAAGCCCUGGAUAGAGAGGAGCAGCCUGAAUUCAGCUUAACCCUCAUGGCUCUGGAUGGUGGCUCUCCACCUAGAUCUGGCACAGUCACAGUUCGAAUCCUGAUCAUGGACGUCAAUGACAAUGCUCCCGAGUUUGUGCAUACUCCAUAUGAGGUGCAGGUCCUGGAGAACAGCCCCUUAGAUUCCCCAAUCCUCAGCGUCUUAGCUAGGGAUGCAGAUGCUGGAAAUUUUGGGAGUGUUUCCUAUAGCUUGUUCCAACCAUCUGAUGAGAUUAAACAAACUUUCUCAAUAAAUGAAAUCACAGGGGAAAUCCGACUGAGGAAGAAAUUGGAUUUUGAAAAAAUUAAAUCUUAUCACGUGGAAAUUGAGGCUAUAGAUGGAGGAGGCCUUUCUGGAAAAGGCACUGUGUUUAUAGAGGUGGUGGACGUGAAUGACAAUGCCCCAGAACUUACCAUAUCGUCACUCGCCAGCUCCAUCCCAGAAAAUGCUCCUGAGACCUUGGUUUCUAUCUUCCGAGUUCGAGAUAGAGAUUCUGGAGACAAUGGAAAGAUGACUUGCUYUAUUCCAGAUAAUGUGCCCUUCAUUCUAAAACCGACAUUCAAGAACUUUUACACCCUGGUGACAGAGAGCCCGCUGGACAGAGAGAGCAGACUGGUCAAGGACAAUGGCGAGCCUCCGCUGUCUGCCAGCGUCACGCUGCACGUGCUGCUGGUGGAUGGCUUCUCCCAGCCCUACCUGCCGCUCCCGGAAGUGGCUCCCGAGCGCGGGCAGGGGGAUUUGCUCACUGUCUACUUGGUCAUCGCCUUGGCCUCUGUGUCUUCGCUCUUCCUCUUCUCUGUGCUGGUGUUCGUGGUUGUGAGGCUGUGCAGGAGGCGCAGGGCGGCGCCGCUGGGUGUCUUUUCUGUGCCUGAGGGCCACCUUCCUGGACACCUGGUGGAUGUCAGUGGCACAGGGACACUGUCUCAGAGCUACCAGUAUGAGGUGUGUCUGGCUGGAGACUCUGGGUCUGGUGAGUUCAAAUUCCUGAAGCCAAUAUUCCCAAAACCUCUUGGUGAGCACGCUGGGAGAGAAGUUAAGGAAAAUUCCAACUGCAGAAAUAGUUUUGUAUUCAGCUAAUUGUUGUAUUUCAUUCUCACUAAUUUUGCAACUACUAU